UAUUUCACGAUAUUCGAUUGAGUCAAUUUACCGUACAGCUUCGAGUCAAUCAGCAUCACGUUUAAACUAUCUCAGCCAAUCAUAUAGUUAUAUAUUAGCUAAGUUGUCCAAUCACAUACGAUGAAAUUUUUCCUUGUAUGACGAAAGCAUGUGACCUGAGCCGCUUGGCCUUGUGGAUUUGCCGUGCAUUGCCCAGCUUUUGCCAUUCCCCAUUACAAAGUCCUUCUAAAAGCUCUACGUUGGUAAUGUCUGGCUAUUCCGACUUCUCGCCAUACCAGCCCUCCCCAGACGAUGACCGAACUGCACGCAUACACAAGGAAAAGCAGAAGGGCAAAAAUGGCAAAGGCAAAGGAAAGCAAUCUACUCAAGGGUUCCAGCCGCAAUAUUCAUCAUACCAAGCUGGAACCGACGGACCUCCCGAUGCAUAUCGACCAACCUCCUCCUUACUUGAAGAGGGACUUUUUUCGGAUGCACCGAGCAUAGGAGCGGCCAAAGGAUCACAAGGCGGAGUUCGAGUCAACAAGUAUGAAACGAAGAUGCCUAUCCGAGUUGACAUUGAAGCAGCGCUUACAUACGUACUUGGACCAAUAACAGGUGUUUUCUUCCUAAUUCUGGAAACUCAAAAUGAUUAUGUUAGAUUUCAUGCUUGGCAGUCAUCCCUGGUGUUCCUGACGUUGAUGUGCUUGCAUUUCGUUAUUAUGUUCAUAUCAAGCGUGCUCUCAUGGAUGCUGUUUGUGUGCGACAUUCUGCUCAUUGCGUGGUUAGGAUACCGAGCAUAUUUGGAUGGUGCAUCGCUCGAACGAUACGAAGUACCAUAUUUUGGUCAAUUGGCGGCAGACUGGGUAGACAGCGAAUAAUGGUUGCAUUUAUUUGUAUUGACCCAGAUGCUAGCUAGCAUAAUGAUCGUCACCCCGCCAUAUGUACAAUUGUGUAAUACCAAUGCCUUUAUCUCUUCUUCCUUGUCUUUAUUUUCUAAUGUUUACUAUGUCUAUGAAUGACCAUUGGAUUUAUUUGGUCGAUGUUGGUAAAUUAAAGCCUGAAAGAAGUGAACUACACUGAGAAAA